AUACAGUUGCCUUGCCUUCCUCCUCUUUGAAAAACUAAAGCACCUCAUAUCCACUCCCAGGGAAACUCAUUGAAUCCAGAUCUUCCUUGUCUUGCAUUUUAAAAGGAUCCACAGACCAGCACUGCUAGUCGAUCUUUAUGAACAAUGGGCUCAUAUUGUUUCCUGGGCUUUCUAAACUGGUGAGAAAUGAAAACCCGACCCAACCUGCGCCGUAUACUUCGGGAGAGAAAGACAGAGUCUUGAAGGGGUUUUGACUUUUGACUUUUAAGUAAUAGGGUUUAGUCUUGGGAAGUUGGAGGGAGGGAUCGAGUUGAUCUUGCAUCUCAAGCCCUUAUCGUUCCAGUCGGUGGUCUAAAGGCAGGUGUCCCAAAGUUGGGGUUUGUGCCAUUUCUAACACAUAAAAGGCAUUUAGGGCUCGGGCUGGGGCUGGGGCUUUCAAAGAAAAUGAGUUCGAGCAUGGAGAAUUGUCAUGUUGAUGUUCAAAAUAAGUUGGAGGUGGUUCGGCCUGCCACGGAAGUUUAUGCCCAAGAAGCAAUUGAAGCUCUCAAAGCUGGGAAGGUGAUUGCAGUACCCACGGAUACACUGUAUGGAUUUGCUUGUGAUGCCUGUUCUUUGGAAGCAGUCAAUAGGAUUUAUGAAAUGAAAGGACGUAACCAUACAAGUCCUCUUGCAAUCUGUGUUGGGGAUGUGUCACAAAUACAACACUUCGCGGUCACUGAAAAUCUGCCUCAUGGCUUACUUGAUUCUCUACUUCCGGGGCCUGUUACUGUUAUAUUGAGGCGAGGGGAGUCGAGCGCACUUGAGAAAUCCUUGAACCCAGGAUUGGAUAGUGUGGGAGUCCGUGUACCAGAUUGUAACUUCAUCAGGGUAGUUGCUCGUGGUUUGGGAAAGGCAGUUGCCCUCACAAGCGCAAACCUUAGUGGGCAGCCCAGUAGCCUCUGCAUCAAGGAUUUUGAGAACCUCUGGGACCGUUGUGCAUAUGUUUAUGACGGUGGUGUACUUCCAUCCAAUCGUGCAGGAUCAACAAUUGUGGACCUCACCAGGCCAGGAAAGUACAAGAUUCUUAGACCUGGAAGCGCUAAGGAAGAGACUCUGGCAAUCCUUGAAAAACAUUCUCUAGUCGAGGAAGCUCCGGCGAUUUGAAGAAAACAUUUGAAACCAGCUAUUGUGUUGUGGAGUAUCAUCAUCGAGAGAUUCUUUUAAGAAAUAUCUUUAGGAUUUGGGGGUGGGGGAUCCUGGGUUUUGAACCUGGUUCUCUCACUCUCACAGAAAAUGAUCAUAUGAUCAAGUCAAUGUAUGGCAUGAAUUAGUAACACUAGCUUAGAGUUGUUGCUAGUCAAAUAUAAACAGAAAUAUUGUUGACUGGUUUU